AGUUCAUCUGUUAAUUCCUUAGGCGACCCUGGCAACAAUUAGUUUUGUUGUCGCGCACGUAAUAUCAACAUAUAAGUUUCACGAUGAAAACAGCCGUUCUUGGUGGCGGUAUCAGUGGCUUAUCAGCCGGAUAUUAUAUACUACGCAGAUUUGGCAAACCAUUCACAAUUUACGAGGCCUCGCCGCGAGUCGGUGGAUGGAUUCGGUCAGAAUGGCAUAAGAACCAGGGAUUUUUUUUCGAAUCCGGACCACGGACCAUACGGCCCAAAGGAUUGCCGGGUGCCAAUACAUUGGAGCUGGUGGAGGAGCUGCAACUGCCAAUUAAACCGAUACCCAGCAGUCAUGCGUCUGCCAGGAAUCGAAUGCUUUAUGCCAAGAAUCAGAUCUGUAUGCUGCCAAACAGUCCAAGGGGCUUAGUUAGCGUCGUGCCUCCGUUUUCGAAGCCACUGUACAGAGCACUCAUCCACGACUUAACCACAGCCGACAGUGUAGUGGCCAAAAACCAGGAUGAGUCCAUUUACAGCUUCGUGCAAAGAAGAUUUGGUAAUGAGAUAGCCGACUAUGCUAUUAGUCCAAUGAUUUGUGGUAUUUGUGCUGGCGACGCACGGGAGAUAAGUGUACGAUUCCUCAUGGAAUCCAUUUUCGAGCACGAACAAAAGUAUGGCGGCGUUCUAAAGGGUCUUUUGUACUCGCGCUUCAAUGAUAAAUAUAAUGCUCUAAAAGACAAAAUUCAAGUCGAGUCCAACUUAUACAAACGAGCUUGCAAAGAGAAGUGGGCCAUGUAUAGUCUGGAGGAUGGCCUGGAACAACUGCCGCGCAGCCUACGCAAGUAUCUGACAGAGCGCAAUGUGAAUGUCCAGUUAAACAGCAAAUGUCAUAAUCUGCGCUUCAAUGGUGCUGACAAAGCAGUAAUGAGCUUCAAAAAUACAGAUGUGCCAGUUUCGCAUGUGGUCAGCUCACUGCCCGCUUACCAAUUGGCGCAGCUGACGAAGGCGCAGCAUCCAUCGCUGUCGGCUCAACUAUUGAGCAUUCCUUACGUAGAUGUCGUCGUAGUCAACUUACAGUACGACAAUGAUCAAUUGUUGAAGCACAAUGGGUUUGGUCUACUGGUGCCGCCGGUGGAGAAUUUGCCUGUGUUGGGCAUAAUAUUCGACAGCUGCUGCUUCGACAUGGCUGGAAACACGGUGAUCACCGUAAUGAUGGGUGGGCACUGGUUCGAUAAAUGGUUUGGACAGCAACCGCCUCCAAGCCAGAAGGAACUGCGGGACGUGGCGCAGCAGCAAGUGCGCCGCAUACUGGGCAUUAUGGAGGAUCCAAAGUUCAGUCGGGUGCACACCUUGCACAAGUGCAUUCCUCAGUAUACCGUGGGUCACAAGCGACGCGUGCAGGGCAUCAGGGAAUACAUUAAAAGCUAUAAGCUGCCAUUGUCGCUGUGUGGAGCAGCAUACGAUGGCGUAGGCAUCAACGAUGUUAUUUUGUCUGCGCGCAAUCAAGUGGAUAACUUGCUGGAAAUCUAAAAGUAAAUUAGUGGUUACAGGCUUAAGGCUUAUAAGCAAUCUACGUGUAUAUCUGACUGGUGAAUUGUCCAAGCGCCGACCGGCAAUACGAGCAAUGAAGAUACAAUUUUUUUUAGUUUACGAGACUUAAGGCCGGAUUCCAACUCUUACAAAUUUUAAAUUAUAAUUAGUCCGAGAACAAAACGUUCAGCGUAUAUUUCUUCUUUAAGCUCAAUUAAGACAUAAGCCGAGGGCUUUGGCGCUACAGGUAAACUUGUCGCGUUUAAUCAUAAUUUUAGCAAACUGGCUAAUUAUUUUUAUAUACAAUAAUGUAUUUCUAAAUCAUUCAUUUACCAAAUCCACCCAGACACGGGGGACUCUUCUCCGGUUCAUGAUCGGGCUGCCAUUGCUUUGGUGUCUUUGCCUCGAUGGACAGAGCGUGCAUAAACUCGAAUCCCGCUGCCUCAAGCGCUUUCUUUAUUGUAUCGUUAACUAAUCUAUGGCGCUGCAAAAAAUUGGAUUUGCAAAUUACUACAUUAAGACUCAUUUAGAAAGCUCACCUUGAUCAGCGUCAAAUCGUUAAAUUUGUCGGACACAACAAGUACUCGAAAAUGAGAUUCGGCCUGCUUCGGAGUGUUAUGCAUUGGCGAUUCAUUUGAAA